UCAAGGUUACAAUGCGCAUGCGUGACAACUGGGUAUAAAGCGCUCGAUAUGUAAAAUCGCUUCUACCGCUUCACCAUAAAGACGCCCUGCUCAAUAGAAAGUGCACAUCAAACGCGCGUUCACUCCGCCUUCUGCACGUCUUGUCAAGAAAACAAGCGUCACUGGCCAGAUUUCAAGUUAGCGGUUAAGCUAAAUUAGCAGAUCAACUUCUGCUGUUUGUCAUGGCGGAGGGAAGCGCUAACGUUAACGUAAGUGCAGCCAAUCUGCCUCCGGGAGACCCGCAGCUGAUAAAUAUGAUUGUGGAGCAUCUGAAAAACCAGGGGCUUUUUGAUGAGUUCCGUCGGGACUGUCUCGCCGACGUUGAUACAAAGCCUGCCUAUCAGAACCUGCGACAGAAAGUGGACAACUAUGUCACUUCCAACCUGAGCACACAGGACUGGAACCCCUCCAUCAACAAGAACCAGAUGAGGAACGGACUGAGACAAAGUGUUGUUCAAUCUGGCAUGCUGGAGUCUGGGGUGGACAGGAUCAUCACUCAGGUCGUGGACCCCAAGAUGAACCACACUUUCCGGCCACACAUAGAAACUGCCAUCCACGACUUCUUGUCAGGGGACAGGAGGGAGGAGAACGCCUCAAGUUGUAACUCUGCACCGUCUGAACAGAUAGAACUGCAGGAAGCCCCGUCUGCCUCUUGCCCCAAAACCCCCUUUAUGCCGGCGAACGUCUCCGCUGUGAUUCUUCUGCUGCUGGCCUGUCAACAGGUGCUGACCAUGGAGCUGCAUGAUGUCCAGGAGAAACCACUGGGCCAGGCCAAGAGACGCCUCUCUCCGCAGACCACAGCGGAAAUUCAGAGUUGCCUGGUGAGUUCAGGGGAUGUCGGCUGUGGGACUUUUCAGUGUUUCAACAACAACUCCUGUGAAAUUCAAGGUCUGCACCAAAUCUGUCUCACUCUGCUGCACAACGCUGGGCGCUACGACUCACAGGGUAAGUCCUUUGUGAAGGAUGCGUUGCGGUGCAUGGCGCUGGGCCUGCGGCAGCGCUUCAGCUGUGUGAGCCGCCGGUGCUCAGCGGUGAAGGAGAUGGUGUUCUCGCUGCAGAGAGACUGCUACUCCAAACACCAGCUCUGCCUGGCGCUGCGAGACCACAUGGACACCAUGGGCAACCUGGUCCAGUUCCGCCUCAUGUUCCCCCCGGGACCAUAUGUGGAGCUGAUGAACUUCCUGUUGAAGUGUGGAGAAGACGUCAGGCUGUGGGUCGGCCAGCGGCUGCGCGGACAGUGUGAGCAACACUGGGGGGGGCUGUGCAGCAGCUUUGGCAGCGCAUGCUCUCUCAGCCAAUCGGACGACCUGGAGGUUACCAUCUCAACACCACCACCAACCCCGGCUUGGCCUACUGAAAGACCCCUUCAGCAGCCCGCCAGAGCCACUGAGGAUGGAAACACGCUUGGUCAGCUCAACAGCACAACUGGAUCUGGUUCACCUGUGCCUGAGAAAUCCAAUGUCACCGCUUCAUAAACAGACAGGUGGUGCAGAAAGGGCUAACAAAGAUGAUGCACUUAUUACUAUUAUAUAAGCAGAAUGAGUAAAAGUAGUGCUAGUAGUUUUGUGUUGUAUUGCUGGUAAAAGCAAUGCAACGUAGUUUAUUAAAUCUGUUGGGUAUUUGUGCUAUAUAUUACUAUUUUCCUUUACAUUUCAAUUUGUACAAGAAUGAAAACCAGUUAUCUACCUCACUUCGACAGUUAACCAGUGACUGUAUCCUUCAGCAUAGGGCAUGGACACACACGAGUAAACACUACAGGGAAUCGCUCAAGGGCAGCUGAAAGUCAGUAUUCUACCUAUUUAAGUCUGUUUUUGUAUUUAUGAGGAUUGUUAUAUUAUGCACCGUAUAGUUGACACAUGGUCGACAGUCAGGGUGCUGUCUGCAGGAAGGGAAGCACUCUUCGGGUAUGACGUGUUUUAAAUAUGUGUUUUUGAUGUUCUACUUGAACAAUCACAUUUCAUACAGACCCCAGGUUUCAAGCUAUGUUUUGUACGUUUUUAUUUAAAUGAAUCCAAAAAUACAUUUGUAAGCAUUUUGAUUGAAAUUAAAUAAACUACAAUGAUGUUA